AUGGCAAAACAGGGCCGCUCGGACACAUGCCGCGACGCCGCGCUGCCCUUCCUCCGCCGCCACAGCAGACGCAGCGAGCUUCUCCCUGCCUCUCUCCCUCGUGCCUCCCUCUGCCUCCACCGUCCCCUCUGCCUCUCCAUCGCCCCUCCCGCAAUGCCUCCGCUCGCCAUCGUGUCCACCCCAGGGCCGCUCCCAUGCCUGACCCGCCGUCGCACCUCCCCACGUGGCGCGGAUGACACCCGUGCCCUGAUCUACCGUCCACGGCGAGACGUGAAGGAAGUUCAUGGAAUUGGACUGUCACUGUCAAAGCUUGAGCGUGCAGACUUGGGUCGGAAGGUUGCUUUGAGACUCAAGCAAAAUGGUUACUCUGGUUGCUCAGCUGGUGACACAGUCCCUUAUAUAAUUUGCUCUCAGCAGGACUCAGAUAAUACACAUUCUGUGGGAAUAGCUCAGAGAGCUAGACGUCCCGAGGAGUUAAAAAGAGACCCUGACAAGUGGAUGAUUGACAUUGACUAUUGUUUGUCACAACAGAUUCAUCCUAUUGUUUCUCGUCUGUGUGCUUCCAUUCAGGGUACUAGUCCAGCUCGUCUGGCUGAAUGUCUGGGACUUGAUUCGGCUAAGUUCCAAUCAAGAGUGACUGAGUCUAGCAAUCAAGAUACAUCUACGAUGCUGUUAUCUGUAAUCAAUGAUGAAGAUGAGAGAUAUCGUGGUUGUGAGCCACUGCGUUUAUCAUGCCCAAGCUGUUCUGGUACCUUCGACUGCCCUCCUGUAUCUAGUCUGAUUACUAGUUCUACAAGUGUAUCAGAUCCAAAUGAUGUAUUGUGCAAGACCUUGUUGGAUGAUGUACCGUGCAAGACAAGAUUGUAUGUUAUAUAUGUAUUGAUCUCCAUGUGA